AGCUUGACCUAGACGACAACAUCUUGCGCGACGUCACUACUCCUCCACAUACUCCAAUUCUACAAUCAGCAUGCAUUCAUGAAGCUCAUUAGGAAGAACCUCGAGAAGGAUGGCAGCGGCGGGAUGACGCUCUACCCAGAACAGCCAGAAGACAUGUGGCACGCGUAUAACCUCAUCCAACAAGGCGAUCGACUCAAGGCAACGACACUCCGUCGUGUCACUACAGAAUCAGCAACAGGCUCAACGACCUCUCAAAAAGUGAAAACCACACUCACCAUCUCUGUGACGAAACUCGAUUUCGAUACUGCUGCGUCUGAGCUCCAUAUCGCCGGUACAGUCGCUGAGGAGAAUGCCUAUGUCAAGCGUGGCGCACACCAUACACUGGAUCUGGAACUAUUUCGAAACUUCACACUCGAGAAGGUUGAAUGGGAUUCAAUGGCGCUUGAACGUGUUGGACUAGCAUGUGAUCCUGGUCGUGCAGCACAAGUGGGUGCGGUUGUCCUGCAAGAGGGACUCGCGCAUAUCUGUCUACUCACUGAACACAUGACGCUAAUGAAACUACGCGUAGAGAUGCCAAUCCCACGCAAAGCGCGAGGCUCGAGUACGGCGCAUGAAAAGGGGUUAACGCGGUUCUACGAGACGGUAUAUGAAGCAAUGAAGCGAUUCUUCUUUGAUGCCUUUGGACAAGAGGAAGGUCUCAAGGCGAUCUUGAUUGCCUCACCCGGUUUCACGGGUGAAGGCUUGCUCAAACGUUGCAUGGCAAAAGCAGCACUGGAAGACCGCAGGGAUAUUCUCAAAUUCAAAUCCCACUGCAUCCUAGCGCACUGCAGUUCAGGACACCUUUUCAGUCUUGCUGAAGCACUCAAACAACCGGGCGUUAUGCAACAACUAGCAGAUACGAAGUUUGCACAGGAGUCACAGAUGCUGGAACGCUUCUACAAGAUGAUGGCGGAUGAUGAUAAUCGGGCUUGGUAUGGUCCUGAGCAUGUUUCUAAAGCUGUUGCUGCGGGUGCUGUAGGGACGUUGAUGCUUACAGAUACGUUGUUUAGAGCGCAAGAUGUUGCGACGCGGAAGCGACAUGUAGCGAUGGUGGAGCAGGUGCGGGAUGCAGGGGGGCAGGUGUUGGUGUUUUCGAGCUUGCAUGAGAGUGGGAAGCAGCUUGGGCAGUUGGGUGAGAUUGCUGCGUUGUUGACUGUUCCGCUGGCAGAGGAGGAUUUGGACCUCGUGUAGCUGUCUGUUGUCUAUCCUAGUCAAACAAUAUAUCAGUAUAUAGUAUAGCAGAUAGCAGAUAGCAGACAGCAGACAGCAGACAGCAGAUACUCCUUGCUCCUGACGAGUACGACAGCAGGCCCAUCUGAC